GGGCGGUCUCGCUGCGUGGCACCGCCCCUCGGCAGCGCCCGGCUCCGCUCGGGGAGGGCGGGGGGCUCGCUCUGCUCUCGGUGCGUCACUGCCCGCGGCAGGUGCGGGGCGAGGCGGCGGCGCCGCAGGACAGAUUCUGCAUCCCAAAUGAACUACGAAAAUCCUCCACCUUACCCUGGCCCGGGCCCGUCAGCCCCUUACCCACCCUAUGCCCCACAGCCAGGUGGCCCUCCUGGCCCCUACCCCGGCUAUCCACCCGGACCCACAGGGCCGUACCCGCCAGGCCAGCCAGGCUAUCAAGGUUAUCCGCAGUACGGAUGGCAAAAUGCACCUCCGCCUCCAGGACCAGUGUAUGCAGAUGGGCCUAAAAACACAGUGUACGUCGUGGAAGAGAGGCGGAGGGAUGACUCGGGCGAGAGUGCCUGCCUGACGGCAUGCUGGACCGCACUCUGCUGCUGCUGCCUCUGGGACAUGCUGACCUGAGCCACCAGAGCUGCCGUACCUCUCACGAGUGCUAUGCAGUCCCCCCACUCCUUUCCUGACUCCUUUCUGUUACUGUAAUCAACGCUCUGCUUUGCACAGCCAAGAGUUCCUGUCUGUCAGUCCUAGCGCCUUGUUGGGGUGGGGGGGGGUGCACUCCUUUAUUUUAGUAAAGGAAAAUCCCUUUUUAACAUUUCUAAAACUUUUGUUGUAACUUUGAAGAAUGUGCUCGUGGUGUAUUUCAGCCAAAGGCAUUUUGAUGAAAUGUGUAUUUAUCGGUUGAAAUUUUCCUAGUCCUAGAAAUGAAGAUAUACGCAAUAAUUAAAGCCAACAGUUGAUUUUA